UUGCUAGAACGUGUAUGAGUCACCACACUAUCCCUACAAGAGAAAAUGCUUCAUCGCUUGAAAAAAAAUUCAUUCGGAACUCAUCGGUUUCAGCACUGGUCAGGAAUUAGAGUUCUAGAACGAGUCAACAACCAGUACUGAGGUACCACUGUCUGUGUCUUUCAAGUUUCCAUCAGUUUUCUAAAGCCACAAGUGAGAGACUGAAUUCGAUGAUGGCUUGCUACACAGAUGCCUGAAUUAACGGGAGCUAGUAAAUAACACAGCUCUCGAUACCAUGUUUUAGUGGUUGACAAAAGAAUGUCUUCUCAAGUCCUUUCCUGGGCCCCAUGAUUAGACAAACACCAACACAAGACAAGGGUGUGGGAGAGGAUUAGAAACCGAAUCCCUCCAUCAUUUGCAUUUCCACAUUUAGAACCAAGAGUUCUGGGACAAACAAAUGGAGUGAAUUUGGAAAUGCUGCAGCAACUGCUUCCUCCUGGGACAUGAAUAGUGGGAGCUAUCAGGACAUGCCUACCAAAUGCUAGGGGGGCAUUGUCUCCUAGACGGCGAAGCGGAGUGACAGCUCAGGAUGACUGAGAGCUGCAGUCCCCCAGAAGAGUUGUCCUCCUUGCACACCAUCUUACUUUUCACAGUGGUAGGCAUCGAGUGCAUCGUUGGUAUCAUUGCGAAUGGGUUCAUUGUGGCUGUACAUGCAGCUGAAUGGAUUCAGAUUAAGGCAGUUUCCACAAGUGGCAGGAUCCUGGUUUUCCUGGGUGCAUCCAGGAUAGCUCUCCAAGGCUUCAUGAUGCUAGAAAUUACCAUCCGCUCCACAGCUCCACAUUUUUAUAAUGAAGACAGUGUCUAUGAUACAUUCAGAGUAAGUUUCAUGUUCUUGAACUAUUAUAGCCUCUGGAUUUCUGCCUGGCUCAGUUUCUUCUACUUCGUGAAGACCGCUGACUUCUCCUGCUCCCUCUUCCUCAAGCUGAAGCGGAGAAUCACUGGGCUGAUGCCCUGGCUUCUGCGGCUGUCAGCGCUUACCUCCUUGGGCUAUAGUAUUCUCUUCUCCAAGGGCAUCUACACCAUUUACUGCAACAGUUCUGUGCCUGUGCCCUCCUCCAACGCCACUAAGAAACAAUACUUCACCGAGACCAAUAUGGUGAACCUGGCUCUGCUCUAUAACCUGGGGAUCUUCAUCCCUCUCAUCAUGUUCAUCCUGACGGCCACCCUGCUCAUCCUCUCUCUCAAGAGGCACACUCUACGCAUGGAAAGCAACGCCACGGGCUCCGGGGACCCCAGCAUGGAGGCCCACGUGAGGGCCAUCAGAGCUACCAGCUACUUUCUCGUUCUCUACACUGUCAACGCAGUUGCUGUCUUUCUCUAUAUGUCCAACAUCUUUGAUGACAACAGCUCCUGGAAUAGUCUGUGCCAAGUCGUCAUGGCUGCCUACCCAGCUGGCCACUCGGUGCUGCUGAUUUUGGACAACCCUGGGCUGAGAAGAGCCUGGAAGCGGCUGCAGUCUAGAGUUGAUCUCCACCUAAAAAAGUAAACUCUAUGACCGACACCGUGAGAGGAUCACAGCAGAGCCGGCCGGCUCUGCCUCUCUGUCACGCGGACCUCUCUCUUCCCCCGUCUUCUCUUGCCCGAACCUGAUCUGACCCUUUGACCUGGCGCAGCUUUUGUAGAGGAGUGUGGUCUUCAUUUCUCUCUUUUGCUUCAUGGGCACAAGCUUAGUGAUGCCCAAAACGUCCUCUACCUGAGCUUUCCAUUUCUGCCUCCCUUGCUCUACAGAAAGCAGAGAUUCUAGAACCUGCUCCAAGUUAGAAUCUCUAGGGGAGAUUUUUGGAAAUUCCAAUGUCCAGGUCUGAUUCUAGAUCCUUUAAGUCCACAUUUCUGGCGUCAGAACGUAGACAGUUUUGUAAGUUCUCAGCAAGAUUCUGAUGUAUAGCCAGAGUUGAUACAGCCACCAAAAUAGAGGCAGGCGCUGCAGCCCGAGCUCCAGGCCCCUUCCCUCUUUCCCCAUCCACCUGCCCUGGAGACAUUCAGAGGAUCCGGGAAGCCUUCUAAGGAGCAGCUGGAAAUGUAUUUUGUCUCCAUUCUCAAAAAAUACAACCUGAAUAAUAUGCAAAUAUCUAUCAACAUUAACAGUAAUAAAAUACCCUUAAACCCAAAAAGUACUAAGAAUUUUUCCUAUAGAUAAGGUAUGGUCAUAUAUUGCAAUAAGCAUAUGUGAAGACAUG